AUGGAUACUCCACCGUGUGACGGACAGUCCGACCGUCAGAACACACCCGAACCUCUUCCUCCUGUGAAUCAUUCAAAGCUUCUCAAGCGUGGUCGACCUCGGAUAGAACGUGCUGGCGAAACAGCGGGUGAGCGACGAAAAGAACAGAUCCGACUUGCACAACGAGCCUACCGGUUUCGCAAGGAUCUCAGAAUAGCAGCACUGGACCAGAAAGUUGUCGAGCUUGAACAAACCAUUCUCGCAAUCCGUGACCUCUAUCUCAGCGUGCACACUUCUGUCGUUGACUCGGGGAUUGCCGUGUCGCACCCAUUUCUUGUGCAGUCGAUGCAAACGAAUCUCCAACUCCUGCGCUGUCUCACACAGUCGGUUUCGUCGAGAGGUGCUGAAUACCAGCCUUCGUCCACAUAUCACAGCACCGAGGGUUCAUGGGACGACCAAGUUCUUGGGCGCAAACCACCGCUUCCAUCCCCUCCCCUGUCGGGCCAUUAUCCGACAUCAAGGUUCGAACCGUUGAGACUUCCUUUUGACAGCCCCUGUACAAGUCCUGGGGAGGCGCCUGAUGUUUUGCCGGACCAAUCCUCCCUUAACCCACUUCUGGUCUGUGAUGAAUACUUCUGGGAGCAACCCAGCAAUGACAUGAAUAAUGAUGAGAUAUCCUUGGCCAUUUGA